AUGGCACCACCGAUUAGCCAGCCGGCUACGACCAACUCGAAUACAACGGCAAGCGGGAGUUCUAUCACAACUAAUCGACUCGAACGUGAAUCCAAAAAGCAAGAUCGAAGAUCUGAUCUUGCCUGUCGUGUACGUUACACCAAUGUUUUACCUGAUCUUCCAUUUGAUCCCAAAUUCCUUCGAUAUCCUUUCAGUCAAGACAGAUUCGUUCGUUAUAAACCAACAUCAUUAGAGAAAAACUAUCGUUGGGAUUUACUUACAGAACAUGAUGUGGGAGUGGAAAUCGAUCUCAUCACUCCAGAUGCAUAUGCAACCACAGGACGAAUUACAGAAGACGAUGAGAGAUUGUUAGAAGAAGAAACUGCAACGCCAGCAAAUCUUAAACGUUCAAUGUUGAACAAACGAAGUGUUCCAUGGCUUCGUAAAACUGAAUACAUCUCAACAGAACAGAGUACGUCCAAACCAACAUUGAAAGCAGGCGAAGCCAGAUCAAGUUCUGUGAAAGAAAAACUUCGUGAAGAAUCUCUAAAAUAUUUGACAAAAGAUCGUGUAUUAGAAAUCAUUGAAGAAGGUUUCGAAACAGCCAAAACUCCGAUGGAAACACAUCACACCAAACCAUCAGUCGUCAAAGUCGAAGAAUGGCCACUGUUUCCUGAUUUUGAUAACUGGAAAUAUCCAUUUGCUCAAGUUAUAUUCGAUGAUGAUCCUUCACGUAAAGAUCCGAAUAUAACCUCACAAGAACAAAUGGAAGAAAUGUCGGAUGCAGUCAUUAAAGCUUUGGUUGAUAAUGAUAACAAAGAAUAUAUUGGAUAUUUUCUUCCCACUCCUGAAACACGUGCGAAGCGUCUUCGAGAAGAACAAGAUGAAGCCGAUGAAACUUAUGAUUUCAAACUUAUUCGAGAAUAUAAUUGGACUCGAAAAGAUAAAACUAUGAGUGGCUAUGAAGAAAACUAUUUUCUCAGUGUUAGAGAUGAUGCGAUUGUUUACAAUGAAUUAGAAACAAGAGUACGAUUGAGCAAACGUCGAGCCGUGGGUGGUGGUGUUAAGGUGGCUAAUCUUCGAUUGAUUCAACGUUAUCGACCGUUUCAUGAGUCCGAAGAAAGAAAUCAAAGAAAACGAUUGAGAGUCCUUGAUAAUGAUGAAGAACUAGAAGCUGUUGAAGAAGAAGAAGAAAAUGAGGAACAAGACAACGAAGAGGAAGAAGAAGAAGAAGCAGCAGCUGAAAAUGGCGACGAAGAACAAGAAGAAGCUGAAGCGGAAGUGCAACAAGACGAAGAAGAAGAGGAGGAGGAAGAAGAAGAAUAG